GGAGUUAGAAAGUGAACGAGUGCUGCCUACCAAACAGAGAGAGGGAGAAGGAGGAGAGAAAGAGAAAGGGGAGAGACGGGUGGGCAGGCUGCUCACCGUAAACGAUGGUUGUCGGAUAGAGUCUUGAAGACCUAAUGAAACUGGCCGGUUGAAUUGUUUGCAGGCGAUUGCAGCGCGCAGCAGCCCCGGCGUGCUCUGCAUCUCUCGGAUCCUUGGAGCAGGGGAAAGAAAACUGCAGCAGCACCGAGAUAAAGAACAGUUUUUAAAAAAACAGAAGAGGACUUUAAUAUCUGUUGUUUCACCACCGUUUUUUUUCCUCCACUCUUCAUUUAUCUUCAGUGAGCCCGUGCGCGCCUGCAGCAACUCUUUCCCCGGCGGAGAGGAGCGUUUCAUGCCCGGAGGUAGACCGACCUCCCGCUUGGACCCAAUACCGGCCUCCCACACUCCUCAGACGGGCUCAGAAGCAGCAGUUCCCGGCAUUUGCUGGGAUGUUUGAGUCGCGUUGUUUGGUGGGGUGAAGGGACCGAGAGAGUGGCCGGAGAGACCGAAAGGGGGACGGAGGCCGAGAGAGGAGCCGAGAGCAUGGCUCUGGUAGCGCUGUCUCUCUGGGUGCUAACGAGUCUCACCUGGGCGGACGUGGUCCAGGUGUCAGCCAACAGGCAUUCCGUUUACUGGAACAGCUCCAACAUACAUCUGCGUAGAGAGGGCUACACAAUGCAGGUGAACGUUAACGACUACCUGGACAUCUACUGCCCUCACUACAAUGACAGCCAGCGCAUGGUGGGCACUGGCGAGCAGUACGUCCUCUACAUGGUCAGCUACCGUGGUUACAGAAACUGCGACCCCCAGCUGGGCUUCAAGAGGUGGGAGUGUAACCGGCCCCAUGCGCCCCACGCGCCCAUCAAAUUCUCCGAGAAGUUCCAGCGCUACAGCGCCUUCUCGCUGGGCUAUGAGUUCCACGUCGGACAGGAGUACUACUACAUCUCCACGCCCACCCAUCAUCACGGCCGCAGCUGUCUGAGACUACGAGUGUACGUGUGCUGCUCUACGGCCUCUGACGUGGAUGAUGAGCCAGAGCCUACAGAACCAGACUACACGCUUAGACCAGGCCUAAAAAUUGACGAUAUUGAUGAAUUUAACCCCUUUGUUCCCAAGCUGGAGAAGAGCGUCAGCGGAAGCAGCCCAUCCAGGGAUCGCCUUCUCCUCACCGUGACGAUGCUCCUUCUGGCCGCUCUCUUCAUCUCCUAGCAACGGCCAUCCCAUCAGCGUCACCAUGCCAACUAGCCUUGGGAGGGUGUACAGUAUCAGCGGGUGGGAGAGUUGAGGAGGGGGAGAGGGGGGGUCAGGAGGAGAGAGAGGAGAGUUGCAACACCACAAAUAGAGCAGAAGGCAAGAGGAGCAAGAAAUGAGAGUUUUCAAGCAUCACAGUGUGUGUGUGCGUGCGUGCGUGUGGGCGUGUGUGUUUGUACAGCUGUGUGUUUGAGUGGAGUGUGGUUUUGGUGGAGUUGAAAGACCUUCAGGCACUCGGUGACACAGACUGAACCGUGUGUUCCAUUAAAGUCAGCCUGUGCAUACAGAUGCAGGUGUGUGAGCGUGUGUCUGUGUGUGUGUGUGUAUGUGUGUGUCUGAACAAGCCACAGGUUGAGCUUGUUGAAUCAUGCACACCACACAAAGCAUUUAUACAACAGGAGAGGCGGGGCUGAAGUCCAAGUAAAAGAAAAAAAAAAAAUAGAAGACGAAAAAGCAUCAAAUCCACCCACCCAAUUGAAAACCAUUUGAAGACUUUCCCCUGGAUCUGAUUGGCUGAAACACUUCCUUAGGGCUAGUUGCCAUAGUUUCUUGCAACAAGAAUUAAACUGAACUCAAAUGAACUGAAUCAGAUAGAUUUCAUCAGAACUGAACUGAAAUUGCCUUUUUUUUGUUGUUGUUGUUAUUGUUGUUGAUGAUGAUCUUGAUGCUGGGAACUUGUCCCAGUCCACGGACGGGGGGCUAAAGGAACCAGCUGACAAACUGCGCAGGUCCUGUGUAGGAGACUAGUCAAAGUAGCUGAUAGUUCAUAAACGCACCCUGGGACUCCAGACGCCAGUGUUUUAGUUGUCAUAUCCACCAUCUGCUGUGUCAUCCUGUGUUCACCAUCAGUCUCCAGCACUAAUGAAGGCAACAGGGCUGGACGGGGUCGGGAGGGGAAUUCAAAGCAUUUAAACGAUGAAUCAUUCACUUAAAGAAAAGAAAACGGGGAUUUACUGUAGAUGUGCCAUUGACACAGAAACCGCAAGGGUUUGUUGAUGUUAUUAGUUGCCGUGUUACUUUUCUGUCCUGUCUUUGAAGUACUCGGUUAGUCCUGUGUCAUCUCCGAGGUUAACGAAGCACACGAUGGCUAUGGAGCAGCCAUGGAUACACUCAGCAAUACAGCCCUCCUCUCAGCUGACUGCAGGCCGUCUGGAGGAGAGCAAGAGGAGGAAGCGCGAAGGACAGUCACUCACCCAUGCAUCUACGCCCAGGCCCAGUCCCGGACAAUAAGAAACUCUCCACUGAUCAGUGUUGGUGCAGCAGCCUGCUCCACCAAUCUCAUCUCUGUAAACCCAUCCGUCAGAUGCCACAUGUAAACGUUUUCUGUUGCUGUGUGAGUGUUCGGUGCGUGCUUGAAAGAGACAAACAUAUGUGUGAGUGUGCCACGUGUGUGUGUGUGUGUGUGUGUGUGUGUGUGUGUGUGUGUGUGUGUGAGAGUGAGAGAGAGUAUUUUAAAUGGUACUAACAGCCUGAAAAUACAUCCACAUACUGUACAUCUUAUAAGUAUGAAAAUGCAAAAUAAAAAAAAAAAAAAUCAAAACACAAACUAAAGCAACAAGUAAUACAUACAAACCAAGUGCUUUGGUGGGGAGGUGCGGCAAUUCAAAAUUCAAACAACUGUACCAGUUGGUUGCUUCAGAAUAGCGUUUCCAUAGCAACUAGCACCUUAUUCACCAUGGUUACCCCACCCUGCCAACGAUGGACUCUAGUAGGGCAUGGCUUAUAGUAGCUGAUAACAAUGAUGAAGGUGAAAAUGAUUAUAAUGAUAAUGAAGGUGACGAUGAUGGACUGCAAGCCGACAGCUGGCCGAACCGGGUCACGCAGUGGCUCACCCACCGGCACGUGAGGCGUUCAAGUACUCGUGUAAAUGUCAAACGGACAACAGAAUGGAAUAACAAACUGUCUUGAAAUUUGCCAAGGUGAAAUGUGAUGUAAGCAUUUUUACAAACUUGAAGCUCAGUUUCCUUGUGGUUGUUUUUAUUAUGUUUUUUAUUGUUUUGUUGAGUUUGCUGUGGUGUAUUUUUGGUUAUCUUGAGGGGGAAGACGGGGGUUUAAAAGCUGGAGAAUUGGGUGGGUUGAGCCAUACGUAAACUUGGGCUGCACUCUGUGAGUCUCUUACUUUAAAGUUAACUUAGUAUGAUUUCAAGAAAGAUAAAUAUAUAGACAAAUCAUAUAUAGUAGCUGUGGUUCCCAUCUGUUUUGGCUCGUGACCCCCUUAAAGGACACUUCACCACUUACAUACAGUGGGAUGAGUUAACUUGUCACAGGGAAUAUUAUUCGAACAGUUGUAAAAUGCCUUCAGUUCUGGAGGGAAUAAAACCCUGAUGAUAUCACUAGGGUUAAUUUGGAUUGGAGUCAGUGACCAGUUCAACAAAGUGAUGAUCAUACUCUAGCUUUGUUCAACUUGCGCGAAACCUCUGUAGAUGGCGUGUGGGAGUGAGCUUGCGUUAAACACGUUUGUU